UAUUGCAAAAGCGGCCAGGCGAUCCGACAUCCGACUCACGCGAUGCCAGCUAGGCGUCGAAGAUUCCUGAAGCUGUCAUACGCCCUGACGCUCGCUGCCGGUGCGCUUGCACUCAUCCUGGCGCUCGUUGCCACCGAGGCGCUGCUGCUGCCGAAUGCCAGCGCCCGGCACCAGUCGCUGCUGCCUGUCGCCUCUGCCGCACCUGUCCCUGCCGCACGCAGCAUUUCGGCGGCGGCGGCGGAGGCGGCGGCGGGCGCCUUCGCCCUGCUCUCGCGUGCUGACAGCGACAGCCUGCCCGCCCGGCCUCCGUCGCUCAGCUUUGAGGCGCGGGCGGCGCCAAACAUCUCUGUGGUGGUUCCGUGCUACGGGCAUGUGCCGUACCUCGAGCAGACGCUAAUGUCGGUGGUGACCCAGCGGUACCCUCCCGCCGAGAUCCUGGUCCUCGACGACGGCUCGGAGGAGCGCUGCGGCGACGCCGCAGCGGCAAUGCUCCGCAGGCCGGCGCUCGCGCGGCCGCGCCGCAGGCAAGUGCUGACGCUGGUGGGGUGGUGGGGGUGGAGCAGCGCGGACCUGGCUCGCUUCGAGGACGAGGUGGUGGUGACGCCGAACCGCGGCGUCGCCCACGCGCGCAACGCCGGCAUCCGCCGCGCACGCGGCGACUGGAUCAUGUGCCUCGACGGCGACGACACCGUCUCGGACAGCUACCUCAUGCGCGCGAUGGAACAGGUCGCGCUAGUGCCGCGCACCAACCUCGUGUAUGCCAACCAGCAGUUCUUCGACGGCUCGCGCUGGCAGUGGACGGUGCCGCCCCUCCGCGCCGACAACGCGCUGGUCAACGGCCCGCUCCCGCUGAUGACUCUGUGGAGAAAGGACCUCUGGCUAGCGACGCCGCACGGCUUCGACGAGGCGCUCCCAAAGGGGCACGAAGACUGGGCCUUCUGGCUGCAGCUGACGCGGCUGCCGCUGCUGCCGCACAAGCUGGACGACUUCCUCACCCAGUACCGCUACAAGAAGGACUCCAAGAUGCGCACGCGAGAGCGCAACAACCCGGAGGCGCCGCGGCUCCCCCGCCUGCACGAGAGACGCCUCCCGAGACCCUCCCUCGAGCCGUCCUGCAGGUACCCGGUGCGCAAGCUGCUGAUCGACCACCACGAGCUGCUCAAGCCAGCCGGCGAGCCGGGCCAGAAGCCGGGCAUCACCGAGGCGGUCGUCAUGGACGUCUCCGUCUCGCAGCACCUCCACCCCACCCGCCCGGAGCCGCACCUCUGGUCGGGGAUGAUCCUGCAGGCAAAGGGCGACCUGGCCGGCGCGGCGGCCGCGUACAACGCCUCCGCCGCGCUCGCCGCGCCGUACGAUUGGCAGGGCUCCUACCGCCUCUGGCGGGCGCUGCUCCUGCUCGGCGACGGCGCCGCGGCGGCGCGCGAGGAGGCGGCGCUACGCCGGCGGUGGGGCGACGCGCAGAUGCGGUGGUACAGCACAGACGCUUAUGGUGGCGUACUGCCCGCCGCGUCGGAGUGA